CACAUGACAGCAAUUUUAUCAGAAAAAAAAUCAAUUGCAGCGAAAAAUUCAAUUUUCCCCCGAAAAGUGAGGCAAAAAAGGGAAAGUUUCUGAUCCCGUUGGUGCUAAUUGCUCCGGAGGGUGAAUUGUCACUUUCGUACACGACGAACGAAGCAGCGACGAAAAAAUGAUUGGAGGACUUUUCGUGUACAACCACAAGGGAGAAGUGCUCAUCUCGCGCGUUUAUCGUGACGAUAUCGGGCGAAAUGCAGUAGAUGCUUUCCGUGUAAAUGUCAUUCAUGCACGCCAACAAGUGCGAAGUCCCGUCACGAAUAUCGCGAGAACGAGUUUUUUCCACAUAAAACGGGCGAAUAUUUGGGUUGCUGCUGUUACAAAGCAAAAUGUCAACGCCGCAAUGGUUUUUGAAUUCCUCCUGAAGCUGGUUGAUGUCAUGCAAAAUUACUUCGGCAAGAUUUCCGAGGAAAAUAUCAAAAAUAAUUUUGUCUUGAUCUACGAGUUGCUCGAUGAAAUUUUGGAUUUUGGAUAUCCGCAAAACUCAGAUACGGGCGUUUUGAAGACAUUUAUCACGCAACAAGGCAUAAAAUCCGCCACGAAGGAAGAACAAAUGCAAAUUACGUCGCAAGUAACGGGCCAGAUCGGUUGGCGUCGCGAAGGCAUCAAAUAUCGACGCAACGAACUCUUCCUCGACGUUUUGGAAUACGUGAAUCUCCUCAUGAGUCCGCAGGGGCAAGUUUUGUCGGCGCACGUUGCCGGUAAAGUCGUCAUGAAAUCCUAUCUGUCGGGCAUGCCGGAAUGCAAAUUCGGCAUAAACGACAAAAUUGUCAUGGAAUCCAAGGGACGCGGAUUGUCGGGCAAUGCGGAAGCGGAAACAUCACGUUCAGGGAAACCUGUUGUCGUUAUUGACGAUUGCCAGUUUCAUCAGUGCGUGAAAUUGAGUAAAUUCGAGACGGAACACUCGAUUAGUUUCAUUCCGCCUGACGGAGAGUUCGAGCUGAUGCGUUAUCGCACGACGAAAGACAUUUCGCUGCCAUUUAGAGUCAUUCCGCUCGUUCGGGAGGUUGGAAGAACGAAGAUGGAGGUGAAAAUUGUGCUAAAAUCGAACUUUAAACCGUCACUGUUGGGACAAAAAAUUGAAGUGAAGAUCCCAACGCCCUUGAAUACAUCAGGGGUGCAACUUAUUUGCAUGAAGGGCAAGGCGAAAUACAAGGCAAGCGAGAAUGCAAUCGUAUGGAAGAUUAAACGUAUGGCUGGCAUGAAAGAAACCCAAUUAUCUGCGGAAAUCGAGCUCCUUGAAACGGAUACGAAGAAAAAAUGGACAAGACCUCCAAUUUCGAUGAACUUUGAGGUUCCAUUUGCGCCUUCUGGAUUCAAGGUGCGUUACCUCAAAGUAUUCGAGCCCAAACUCAACUACUCAGACCACGACGUCAUCAAAUGGGUUCGUUACAUCGGUCGAAGCGGUCUUUACGAGACGAGAUGUUAAGCAUCUCCCCUUGAAAAUGUCUCAAUCUCUGUUCAACUAUCAAAAUAUAACACAAAAAUUAUAUGUAUAUCUAGAAAUUUGCUUUGGAGAGCGACUCAUCGCAUUGUUAUCGACAAAAUACUAAAUAAGCUAAAGUUAUAACUCUAUUAUUCCACAAUUAUUGUCUCAUUGAAUGUCUCGUAGACGCAUAACGCAAUAAAUAAACAAAUAUUUACUCGA